AUAGCUCCGCUUUAGAAGUUAAUGGGGAGAUCUGUCAAGGGUUCUCUUCUUCAAAAACUUGGGAAGCGCUGCGACAAAGAGAGGAAGAAAAAAGUUGGGCUCCUCAAAUCUGGUUCAAAGGUGCUACUCCUAGAAACUCCUUCCAUAUGUGGGUUUCAAAUCUCAAUAGGUUACCCACACGUGCAAGGUUGGUCUCAUGGGGGAUGAACAUCUCCCCUUUGUGCUGCUUAUGUUCUGCCUCUAUAGAGACAAGAGAUCACCUACUUCUCUCUUGUGGUUUUAGCUCUUCGGUCUGGCAUAUGGUUCAGACUAGAUUAAGGUUACCUGUGCUGCUGUUUCAAGACUGGGACUGCCUCCUCUUAUGGCUCAAGCUAAGUACAGCCUCGUCUCCUUCCAUCCUCAGGAAAAUUGCUGCUCAUGCCACAGUCUAUGCUAUAUGGAAACAGAGAAAUAAUCUGCUCCAUAACCUCCAGAUUAUUCCUUCGUCAACUAUUUUCAAAUCUAUUGACAGAGAAGUCAUCAAUUCUAUCUCUGCAAGAUGUCAUCGCAAAAGUUUCAGAAAACUAAUGCGUCUAUGGAUCCGAUGA